AUGAUCUCGACACACCUCAACAACACCACUACAACUCAUUCUCAGUCAUCGUCUUACUCUGCUGACCAAUGUUCUCCGUAUCGCCUACUUCUUUCCUUCCCAUGGUUCGCUAAUCAGAUCCGAUUCGCCAAAGCUCACGAAUCCAUUGUACUACAUGUCACAAAUAUGCCAAAUCUGAAAGGGUUCUUUUCCAUUAUAAUGGUCAUGGUGUACCUAAACCAAUUGCCAAUGCUCCAGGAUUGGACUCCCUCAAGUUCUUCUUCAGGAACUUCACCAAGAGACUGUAUUCUACUUGCAGCAUGUGAAGCACAUGAAACCCUACCACAAAGUCAUGAGUUUCCUGCUGAUGUCUUCACUUCGUGCCUUACAACUCCCAUCAAGAUUGCCUUAAGAUGGUUUUGCACUCGAUCAUUACUACAUGAAUCACUUGAUUAUUCACUUAUAGAUGGGAUACCUGGGAGACAAACUGAUCGUAAGACACUUCUUGGUGAGCUGAAAUGGAGGUCAUCUGCCUUUGUUUAUUAUUCACUUGAUUGUUCUCAUAGUUUAAGUGGCCACACGAGCCCUAUAGAAUCUGUAACUUUUGAUUCAACCCAAGUGUUGGUGGCUGCUGGAGGUUCUUCUGGCAUGGUAAAGCUCUGGGAGUUAGAAGAGACAAAGGUGUUUAGAACACUUAAUGGACACCGAUCCUACUACACUGCCUUGCAAUUCCAUUCUUUUGGAUGCAUUCAUACAUAUAAGGGUCACAAACGAGCAAUUAGUACAAUCAAAUUUACCCCUGAUGGAAGAUGGGUGGUGUCUGGAGGACUUGAUAAUGUUGUAAAGAUAUGGGACUUAACUGCUGGAAAGCUCUUGCAUGAAGGCCACAUUAAAUCAAUGGAUUUCCAUCCUAUUGAGUUUCUUCUAGCAACAGGUUCAUCAGAUAGAACUGUGAAAUUUUGGCUGUCUGAAAGGGAGGUGACGCCUGGAUUUGGGAAUGGAUUUCAAGCUACUCCAAAGACUAGCACCACCAAUCAGAUUCACAAAGUUUAUGGAAGCUCUGAUCGUUUGCAUUCUGCUCAUACAUGGCACUGCGAAAUCCUUCAUGAACUGUGA